AUGAAUCUAGCAGUGGUAAUGACGAUCCGAAUUUUGCUCGAUACCGAAGAUGAAAUCAACGAGCCAAUUAUCAAAGGUGAACUACGUGAGAGAUUAACCAUUUUUCUUGGAAUAUUCACAAUGACUUUCUUCUUCGGUUGUUGGUGCUGUUUUUGUUGUGGAUGUAUGUUAUGCAAGUGAGU